CUCGUCAGCGGGAGGGUACCCUCCGAAGAGACAGACAAACGGCUGCGGCGCCCGAGGCGUGGAGCCCACCAGGCCACCACCACCACGGCGGUGGCGGCGGCGGCGCCACCACUACCACCAACCCCGCCCACUACAACUAGUAGCGGCCAUGGAAUCCGCGCUCGCCUGAGCUUGCGCUGCACGCGGCGGCCUAUGCCUCACCGCCCUCCGCUGGCCCAGCUCCGCCGCCUCCUGGUGCCCUGCUCCUCCUUCCUCCCCGCCGCCGUCGCCGCCGCCGCAGCCCCGGACCCUGGACGCCGCCGCCUCCUCCUCUACGCUCGCGAGAUGGCCUCCAUCGCCACCGCCGCCGACGCCGCUCAGGCGCGGGCAGGUGGUGUUGUGGCGGCGGCGGAGUACGAGGACGUGAUGGGGCGGCUCUCCUCGCUCAUCACGCAGAAGGUGCGGGCGCACAGCGGCAACCGGGGGAACCAGUGGGACCUCAUGGCGCACUACCUACAGAUUCUGGAGCUGGAGGAGCCGAUCGCGCGGAUGAAGGUGAUUCACGUCGCAGGGACCAAAGGAAAGGGUUCAACAUGCACGUUCACAGAGUCAAUACUGCGAUCAUGUGGUUUCAGUACAGGGCUGUUCACCUCACCACAUUUGAUGGAUGUCAGGGAGCGAUUCCGGCUAAAUGGGGUGGAUAUUUCUGAAGAAAAGUUUUUGAAGUACUUCUGGUGGUGCUGGAAUAAGCUGAAGGAGAAGACUGACGACAAUAUUCCCAUGCCAACCUACUUCAGGUUCCUUGCACUCCUAGCAUUCAAGAUAUUCUCAGCUGAACAGGUAGAUGUUGCUGUUCUCGAGGUUGGCCUUGGAGGGAAGUUUGAUGCAACUAAUGUGGUUGAAGCACCUGUCGUUUGUGGAAUAUCUUCCCUUGGAUAUGACCACAUGGAAAUUCUUGGAAAUACGCUUGGAGAAAUUGCUGGGGAGAAGGCAGGGAUUUUCAAGAAAGGAGUUCCGGCCUACACUGCUCCACAGCCAGAAGAGGCAAUGAUUGCUCUGAAACAAAGGGCUUCAGAAUUGGGUGUUUCACUCCAAGUAGCACAUCCUUUGGAACCCCGUCAGUUAAAAGAUCAGCAUCUUGGACUGCAUGGUGAACACCAAUAUUUAAAUGCUGGCCUUGCAAUUGCAUUGGCUAGUACAUGGCUCGAGAAGCAAGGACAUGUAGAUAGAAUACCACUAAACCAAACUGACCCUUUACCAGAUCAGUUUAUUAGUGGGCUGUCAAAUGCUUCUUUGCAAGGCCGAGCCCAGAUUGUUAGAGAUUCACAAGUGAGCUCAGGAGAGGAAUUGGUUUUCUAUUUGGAUGGGGCUCACAGUCCUGAAAGUAUGGAAAUUUGUGCUAGAUGGUUUAGCCAUGUUACUAAGGAGGGAAGGAGAGUACCAUCUCCCAUGGCACCAUCUCAGUCUUGUGGCAACUCUCAAAAGAUUCUUCUAUUCAAUUGCAUGUCUGUGAGAGAUCCUAUGAGAUUGCUUCCGCAUCUUGUGGAUACAUCAGCUCAAAAUGGGGUCCACUUUGACAUGGCUCUUUUUGUGCCAAACCAAUCACAAUACAACAAGCUUGGUACCAAUUCAUCGGCUCCUGCAGAGCCUGAGCAAAUUGAUUUGUCAUGGCAAUUGUCACUUCAAAGAGUGUGGGAGAAAUUACUUCAUGGUACGAACAACACAAAUUCCAGUGAGACCAGUCUGGUUGUUGAAUCACUUCCACAGGCUAUCGAGUGGCUGAGGACAAAUGCCCGACAAAACCGAUCGACUUCUUUUCAGGUCUUGGUUACUGGCUCCCUACAUCUCGUUGGUGAUGUAUUGAGAUUGGUCAAGAAAUGAUACUUCCUCUUGGAAUGAUAUAUUUAGUUCAAACUGAAGCUGAGCAUUUCGUGGUUUAUGUUUGAGAUCCCCCGGCGGCAGCCGGACGGUUGCAGAAUACAACAAUUUCAGGUGUUUUAAUAUCUAUGCUGACCAGGUAGCGAGCUUCGUGUAUACUCUCUUUUAUGUGUUUUCAUGGUUGUUGCUGCCACUGUAAUCCGUAUUCUUUUACCCAGAAAGCUUUAAUGCCCAUUAUAACAAGUCAUAGAUUGAAUACUCCACUUGAAUAAGAUGGUGUUCAUGAGUAGGAUAUACUUUUGUAAGCUCCUGUUGAAGAUGUGACGAUUCAUCUUUUGACGUUCAUGUGCAUUUAGUCAACUCUGAA